UUGACGUCUUAGUUUCUAUCUAUAUAAAAGAUCAUGAAUCCGGCAACCGCAUCAUCCAUGUUGAUUUUAGUCUUCUCCUUGGUUGUUAUUGCUGCAGGCGCUAAAUCGUUGGAGAAAUCCUCAUACAACGUAUCAUCGAUAGAAAAGCCAAAAAGAGAUCUAGUGCCAUUUGUGGACACAACUAUGAUGAAGUUCAGAGAUAUUGUCGUGAAAGCCUCCAAUGGUGUCAAAACGUGUUCUACUUGCAACUGUCAUGAGAGAACGGAUCCGAAGAAGACAUUAUUGGAGACGUCGUGUUGUGUUCAGGUCGAAUGCACCGCUCCCCCUGUCGCUUGUUACCCGGUGGUCGUGGCUUGCGAUUGUAAUAAUUGCGCGUGAGAAUCUAUUUGAAACAAAUAUAAUUUUAAAACAUUUGUAACA